ACAAACAAGUGGUACAGAGAUAGCCCUUCAAAAAAUUUUAAAAACCCAAAAUCCAAUGCCAUGAUUCCAUCAAAUAUCCAAAACUAUAAAAGGUCACACUUCAAGAGAAAGUAGAUUAAGCUUUAGUUUCUUUUUGCAGUUAAUAAGCCAAGUAACACAAUGACUCUUCAAGCAAGUUUCUUUAACUUUGGAAGCAUUUCUUCUCUUCCUUGCCCUCCCAGAACUUCCCGUCAACGCUUUGUAAUCAGAGCUAAAGUGGAACCAUCAGAGAAAUCUGUGGAAAUAAUGAGGAAAUUCUCCGAACAAUAUGCACGUCGUUCAGGCACAUAUUUCUGUGUGGACAAGGGAGUGACUUCUGUUGUAAUCAAGGGACUAGCUGAGCAUAAAGAUACGUUGGGCGCCCCACUUUGCCCUUGUAGGCAUUAUGAUGACAAAGCUGCUGAGGCAGGGCAGGGAUUCUGGAAUUGUCCAUGCGUUCCUAUGAGAGAAAGGAAAGAAUGUCACUGCAUGCUCUUUCUCACUCCUGAUAAUGAUUUUGCUGGCCAAGAUCAGGCCAUCACACUGGAAGAGAUCAAGGAAACAACAGCGAACAUGUAGUUCAAAACAUUCAGAACUUGUAUUUCCCAAUCCCCAAAUAAAUACCAACAGAAAAAUGUAUUUGUAUGUCAAUAGGGUAAUUUUUUUUUCUCUUUUUAUACCUACCUUCACUCCUAUAUGAUCUGGAAUUACAGUGGUUAAACUCUUUGUAUGUAUGUCUUUUACCCUCCUUUAUGAACCCUUUUAGCAAACAUGGUCCUAAUUGCUGCACUAAUUUGUAUUUGGCAAUAAACUCGAGUUUAUACAUUUUGAAUAAUCAAUUCAAACUAGUGAAUGCUAAUCGUUAAUGUUA